GUCCGAAAGGCCCGACAUUCAGCUGGCUGGCGCGCAUGCGCAAGAGCCGCUCCGACACCCAGCUGGUCCCGCUGGAGCUGCACAUGCGCAAAUGGUGCUCCGGAUGGCACAGCGCAUGCGCAGAUGGCGAAAACAACGAAAUCUGCGCAGUCUCCUUACGUGGACACUAGGCUGAAGCUAACAUCACUAAAAGAGACUACUAGGCUGCCGAAGCGUCGGGAAGCCGUCGAAGCGUCGGGAAACGUCGGGAGGUGGCAGCUGCAGAUCUGGAUAAUCAGAUGGAUGGCCAUAUAGGGGGUAUUGGGCGGUCCGGAAGAGGGUGGUGGUGCAUGGGUGGUAGCGUGGGUGUGGGCUAGGCGGGGUCUUUGUGAAUUGUAUAAAGGAGCCAUGAAUAUAAUAGUUAUCAGUGCUGACUUUAAAUCGUUACUUUACUGGAAUAAAGUGGAAGUUCUUCGUUCCUGACGUGUUGAUUUUGUAUUGGCUGAUUGUGUAGUCAAGACGAGGCAACAAUAAGUCAGCACUCCCCCUAAACUCGUUCUUUAGAGUAGGCUUGGAGCAGACGGGAGGCAGCAUGGCAGAAGGGGUGCAAGACGGUGUCCCGGCUGAAGAUGCUCCUGAACAGGUGGAGGACCAGGGCUCGUCUGUGGAUCCAGGUGCAGUGAUGGAGGGUCCUGUAGUACGCCCGAAGGAAAGGAUUAUUCCGCCAGCUGUGGAUGUGGGCCCCGAGACUAAGCAGAGGCCGGCAGCGACCGAGGCGGCUGAAUGGUGGUUAAGUCCAGCAUUACAACGUUUGGACACUGGUCGGCGGCCUAUGCUGGGUGACAGAGACUCUUAUGCAGCUUGGAGGGAAAGGAGAGUGGCUGGUGACGAGGAGGGUGAUUGGAGUUACUCCACCGCUCCUGGACAGUACACCCUUGAUGUGUUAAGGGAUAGAUUUGGGGAGACAGGUUUCCUUCCCAAACAAGGGGUGGCCCCCCAGCGUCCUAUUGAUUCAUCUGGAUUCCGUUUGGCUAGCCCGAAAUUGAGGGUGUCAACAGCACAACUGGAACAAGGGGGACAGGGAGGUGUGAGAAUGGGACCCACACAUGCCAGUCGUACCACCCCUGUUUCCCUGCCUUUGGGGUCUGGGGAUCUUGGCCGACAAUCCGCUAUCACUGGGGGACAACAGGGUGGCCAACCAGCUUUAGUGUGGCCCACGGGUAUACCACGGACCCCUCCGCCUCUUGGGAUUACGUUUGACGGCGAUCCUGACAAAUUGGCCAUGUUUUUAGGCCAUGUGUUGAAUCAUUUAGAUCGCUUUGCGGCCCAUUACACCUCACAGUGGGCCAUAGUGGUAGCAGUGACUGCCAAUUUGCAGGGUGAGGCGGCUACCUGGGCAGCAGACUUGUUUGGAGAUCACGCCAGCGAGUUGGCCGAUAUAGGCUCUUUUCUUGAGGCCUUGAGGAUUCAGUUUGAGGACCCUACCAGGGUUCAAAGAGCGGAGGCAGAAAUAGUACACUUAAAACAGGGGGGAAGGCCAGUAAGAGAGUUCAUUAGGGAAUUCCAGCGUGUGGCAGGCCGAUUAAGAUCAUGGCCUGAGAAAUUGCUAGUGCAUCACUUCCGGCAUGGGCUAGAUGUGGACUACGUCAGGCUUGUCUGGUGAGGGGGGUUCCGGCUCGUUUACACGAUUGGUAUAAGACAGUUACUGAACUCUAUGCUGGGUUGCAGGAGAUAAGUCCAGGUACACCCGCCUCUCUCCCCGCACCCGCACAGCAAUCAACCAGUAAACCUAAGGCUGUGGGGUUCCAGUACAAACAGUCCCACCGGGGGCGCCAAGGGGGAUAUUCCGCUGUUUCCGAUGCAAUAAACCGGGUCACAGGGUGGCCCAGUGUCCAAUAUCUCCAGGAAUGGGAGUGUCUUCGGGACAGUCUGGGCUCGCGACGAGAAGGCAGGAGGUCACGCCAUUUUGGGGUACGGAUCAAAUGAGAGCUUUGCGGCAAAAUGAAGACAGCACACCCUAUGGGCCUUCACCAGGAGUGGCGGUUUCAACCCCGGAGGUGGUGCCUGACAAGUAUGAUCGGGAGGACCCGGAAGAGGAUCCCAUGGGGGAGCCUUGGUAAAGGGGGGCAGUAUGUCGGGCCGUAGCGGAGGCCGUCCGGGUUACCUGCACCAAUGAAGCCUCGACUCCCCGAACGCGCGGUCUAACGGGUCCGAAAGGCCCCACAUUCAGCUGGCUGGCGCGCAUGCGCAAGAGCCACUCCGACACCCAGCUGGUCCCGCUGGAGCUGCACAUGCGCAAAUGGUGCUCCGGAUGGCACAGCGCAUGCGCAGAUGGCGAAAACAACGAAAUCUGCGCAGUCUCCUUACGUGGACACUAGGCUGAAGCUAACAUCACUAAAAGAGACUACUAGGCUGCCGAAGCAUCGGGAAGCCGUUGAAGCAUCGGGAAGCGUCGGGAGGCGGCAGCUGCAGAUCUGGAUAAUCGGAUGGAUGGCCAUAUAGGGGGUAUUGGGCGGUCCGGAAGAGGGUGGUGGUGCAUGGGUGGUAGCGUGGGUGUGGGCU